GGAAAACGAAAAAAAAACUUUUUGUAUCGAAGGAAUCAACAGCCGCCAUCUUGUCGUGGCUCAGAAUUAGGAUUUCGGUCCAACACUGGUUUUUACGUAGAAAUCUAGCAUCCUUACCGCGAUAUGACAGCGUCCUACACCCGAAAACGAAAUCUUAAUAUCACCUCGGAGACAUUUUGUGCGAAAAAACGGGAACUGGAUCGGUGGUCGUCGGGCAGAAAAGCUCCGUAUAUCUGAUUUCCCCUUCAGAGUGCGGCGAUUCAGCUCCUGUCGCCGUUCGGGAGCAGCAUUGUUUACCGUGGGCAAGCAAAGACCAGAUCGUGACUUUCGAAGUGAUUUGCAAAUAAUACAGCAUUUUUAUGCAAUUGUGCGUUUUUGUGGAGCUUCGCGCGAAUUUUGCAUGAAGAAAUUUGACGUCCCGCAAAAUGGGUACUUUGAACAUCUAGAAAUUACGACUUUUCCCCCGGAAUGCAGCAAUCCACCUGAUUUUAUAGGAUUGUCAUUUUGAAGCUCGAUUUUUACAUGGGGAAUAUUUUAUUUUGAGCUAUUUAACGAUAAUAAUGUGGGUGUUGGGUGUUGGAUUAUCAUGGGGUGAAUGGCGGUGGCGAAGCGGGGCGCUAUUGCAUCUCUUUUAAAAGACAUUGACUCUCACAGCACGGAGUUGCUAACGCUAACAGUUAACUGGUAGCAGGCAAUUAGCUAGCUAUUAGCCAGUUAGCUAACGUUAGCGGGCUACCCGCUUGCUAAUGUGCUAACCGGGAGUGUUCGGGUUGAAAGAACAGCUUAACAAUCACAACGUUAUCAUAAUUAUCAACUUGAGCAAUCCGCCGGACAAGAUAGCGGCAAUGGCUGAAAACCUGCUGGACGUCGGACCUCCCAACUCUAAGCGGCCGAAGCUGAAUUCACCUGCCCUGUCGGCGUCCGAUGGACAAGAUCUAGGGUCACUAUCCUGGGAUGAUUUGGAGAAUGACCUUCCUGAUGAGUUGAUCCCUAAUGGAGGAGAUCUGGGUAUGAUGGGUGGAAUGCCUUCAAAUGGUGGGGCAACACCUGGACCUGGUGGGCCAGUUGUUGCCCCAGCAGGCCUUGGCAGUGUUGGUUCCCCGGUUGUCCAGGAUGCAGCUGCCAAGCACAAGCAGCUCUCGGAGCUUCUUCGAGCUGGUAGCACUUCCAGUAUUGCAGGCACAGGACUGAGCUCAGCUAGCCCUCAGCCAGGUGGUAUGGGGUCUCAGUUGGGCACACCGCUUGGUAAGAGCCCCCUUAGCCAGGGCUCCCCGAACAACCAUCCAUCCCCCCAGGCCCAAAAAGCAGGAACACCAACGGGAGUAACAGGACAGAACAACAACAAUAAUGCUGCAGCAAUGGGCUUGAACACAACAGGAUUCAACCAGGCCAUGAUUAACAAUAGCCAGGGUCAUGCUGGGCUCCUAACCCAGGGGGGCCAGCCCCAACCUGGGCAAGUGAUGAACGGUGGUCUCGGACCUGGAGCUGGGAGAGGACGGGGUGCAGGAGUGGCAGGCAUGCAGUACCAGGGAGCCGCACCAGGACCAGUGGGAGCAGGGAGUGCUUUGGCAGAGACGCUCACCCAAGGCGGGCAGCAGAUGGGAGCUCAUGCCACCCUCGCCGCAGCCCAGCAAGCAGGCAACAUGAACAAAAUGAGCCUGGGCAGCAACGGGGGUCCAUUUGGGCCUCAGCCUUACGGUCAGGGUGCUGCAGGGCCUGGCCAGCAGCUAAACCCUCAGCAGCAGCUCCAGAACAAAGCUUCCCUCGCCAACAGCCUGCCUCCUUUCCCCAGUGAGCUCAAAGGGGCUCCUGUCACUAGUGUGCCAAACAUGCAGCUUCAGCAGCAGCCUCAGCAGCAGGCAGCGAUGCUCCCCCUGGCUGGCGGCGGAGGUGUGUCGGUGCCUUCGGCAGGCCCCACAGCUGAUCCAGAGAAGCGCAAGCUGAUCCAGCAGCAGCUGGUCCUGCUGCUUCAUGCACACAAGUGCCAGCGACGGGAGCAAGCCAAUGGGGAGGUGAGGGCCUGUGCCCUGCCUCACUGCCGCACCAUGAAGAACGUCCUCAACCACAUGACCCACUGCCAGGCUGGCAAGUCCUGCCAGGUGGCUCACUGUGCGUCAUCCAGACAGAUCAUCUCCCACUGGAAAAAUUGCACACGACAUGACUGUCCCGUCUGCCUGCCGCUGAAGAACGCCAGUGACAAACGCACCCAGCAGCCCAUGCUGAACUCUCCCAAUACGGGCCUCCAGAACCCCAUGUCCUCAGUUGGUGUGGGCCAACCUAGUGCUCCCACCAUCAAUACCUCAGCCCCCAUAGACCCCAGCUCCAUGCAGAGAGCCUAUGCAGCACUUGGGCUGCCAUACAGCAGCCAGGCCACUGGGCAGGCCCCCGGCCCAGGACAGACGGCAGGGGCACAGAGCACACAGGCCCAGCAACAACAGCUUUCGCAGCAGAUGAGACCCAUCAAUGCACUUGGUAACCAGAUGACUCUAGGAGGUGCGACAAUGGGCGUGACCACUUCAGAACAGACAAACCUGCACACAGACUCCCUUCCCAACACACUCAACACUAACAAUCAGCUGCUGUCAGAUGGGUCAGCUGUGGGAUCACUGGGCAACCUACCCACAGCAGCACCCAUCUCUGCUACAGGCACCAGAAAAGCCUGGCAUGAGCACGUCACUGAGGACCUGCGCAAUCACCUGGUACACAAACUAGUACAAGCCAUAUUUCCUACCCCUGACCCGGCAGCUCUCAAGGACAGGCGAAUGGAAAACCUGGUGGCUUAUGCCAGGAAGGUGGAGGGGGAUAUGUACGAGUCAGCUAACAGCCGGGAUGAGUACUAUCACUUCCUGGCUGAGAAAAUAUACAAAAUCCAAAAGGAACUGGAGGAGAAGAGGCGCUCAAGGCUACAGAAGCAGAUCAUCAACCAGGCACCCAUGGCUGCCCAGGGUACUCAGCAACCUGGUAUUCCCCAGCCUAAUGCCUUGGGCCCACGGCCACAGAAUGGACCUGUACUUCUGCCCAACAUGCCAAAUCAGAUCAUGAAUCGCAUGCAAGUUUCACAAGGAAUCGGCCAGUUCAACCACAUGGCUCUGCCUACCACCCAGAUAUCCCAGGCACCCAUGGGAGCUCGAGCUGCUUCUCCCAUGAACCAUCCACAGCAAAUGAACAUGAGCUCUGUUCCAGCGAUGGGCAUGUCUCCCUCCAGAAUGCCGCAGGCCCAGAGCAUGUUGGGUGGACACAGCGGCGGCAACAUGGUGGGCCAGACGGCCAGCCAGGGACAGUUUCUGGCUCAGACCCAGUUCCCUCCAGGAUCUUCUACAGUUGCUGCAACGGGUGCUAUGAAUGUCACUGUGGGGCCUGGCAUGGGUCAGCUACAGGCCCAGGCUGCUGUCACCCAGCUGUCUCAACCCGGAGCCAGUCUGGAUAACCGGGUGCCCACGCCGGCCUCAGCUGCCAGCGCUGACCUGCACUCACAGCAUGUCGGAGCGGACCUGCCAGUUCAGGAGGUCAAAACAGAGACUCACCAUGAUCAUCAGCCGGAGUUUGAGGCCGCUGGCGGCAAAACUGAGCCCAAGAUGGAGACUGAGGAUGACUCUGCUUCAAUGCUGGUGAAAAAGGAGGAGUCGGAGGAAAAGCCGGAGCCAAUGGAGGUAGAGGAGAAAAAGCCAGAAAUCAAGACAGAACUGAAAGAAGAGGAGGAGGGUGGGGCCAACAGCACAACGUCCUCAUCGCCCUCUCAAUCACGGAGAAAAAUCUUUAAGCCUGAGGAGUUGCGCCAGGCUCUGAUGCCGACGUUGGAGUCUCUCUACAGGCAGGAUCCUGAGUCCUUGCCCUUCAGACAACCAGUGGAUCCCAUGCUUCUGGGUAUCCCGGACUACUUUGACAUUGUUAAGAACCCAAUAGAUCUAUCCACAAUAAAGCGUAAGCUCGACACGGGCCAAUACCAAGAGCCCUGGCAGUACGUUGACGAUGUCUGGCUGAUGUUCAACAAUGCUUGGCUCUACAACCGCAAGACGUCACGUGUCUACAAGUAUUGUUCCAAACUGGCCGAGGUGUUUGAGUCAGAGAUCGACCCUGUCAUGCAAAGCCUGGGCUACUGCUGCGGGAGGAAGUACGAGUUCUCCCCUCAGACCCUGUGUUGCUAUGGCAAGCAGCUCUGCACCAUACCUACUGGAGGCACAUACUACAGUUAUCAGAACAGGUAUCAUUUCUGUGAGAAGUGCUUCAAUGAGAUCCCGGGGGAGAGUGUGACGUUAGGAGAUGAUCCAGCACAGCCACAAACGAUGAUAUCAAAAGACCAGUUUGAGCGGAAGAAGAACGAUGUUCUCGACCCUGAACCGUUUGUUGAAUGUAAAGAUUGCGGACGGAAGAUGCACCAGAUAUGCGUCUUACACUACGAGGUCAUUUGGCCAUCUGGGUUCAUCUGUGACAACUGUUUGAAGAAGAGUGGAAAAACAAGGAAGGAAAACAAGUUCUCAGCCAAAAGGCUUCAGUCGACACGCUUGGGAAUGUACAUAGAAGACCGUGUGAAUAAAUACUUGAAGAGGCAAAACCACCCAGAGGCAGGAGAGGUGUUUGUGCGGGUGGUGGCGAGCUCCGACAAAACGGUGGAAGUUAAACCAGGCAUGAAAGCCAGAACCAAAGCACUUUUCGCCUUUGAGGAGAUUGAUGGUGUGGACGUUUGCUUUUUUGGCAUGCACGUGCAGGAGUAUGGCUCCGAGUGUCUAUUCCCUAAUAAUAGGCGUGUCUACAUAUCAUACCUUGACAGUAUUCACUUCUUCAGACCUCGGAUUCUACGAACAGCAGUGUACCAUGAGAUCCUCAUCGGCUAUCUAGAAUACGUCAAGAAACUCGGGUACGCCCAGGGCCACAUCUGGGCAUGUCCUCCCAGUGAAGGAGAUGACUACAUCUUCCACUGCCAUCCCCCAGAUCAGAAGAUCCCAAAGCCUAAAAGGCUGCAGGAAUGGUACAGGAAGAUGCUGGACAAGGCCUUUGCAGAGAGGAUUCUUCAUGACUAUAAGGACAUCUUCAAGCAGGCAACAGAGGACAGACUGACCAGUGCAAAUGAGCUGCCCUACUUCGAAGGCGACUUCUGGCCCAACGUGUUGGAGGAGAGCAUCAAGGAGCUGGAGCAGGAGGAGGAGGAGAGGAAGAAGGAGGAGAACACAGCUGCUUCUGAAACCCCUGAGGGUACGCCAAGUGACAGCAAAAACGCAAAGAAAAAGAACAACAAGAAGACCAAUAAAAACAAGAGCAGCGUGAGCCGAGCCAAUAAGAAGAAGCCUGGGAUGCCAAAUGUAGCAAAUGAUCUGUCCCAGAAGUUGUAUGCCACCAUGGAAAAGCACAAAGAGGUGUUCUUUGUGAUCCACCUUCACUCUGGUCCCAUGGUCAAUACCCUGCCACCUAUUGUUGACCCCGACCCUUUGCUCUCCUGUGACCUGAUGGACGGCCGUGAUGCCUUCUUGACUCUAGCCAGGGACAAGCACUGGGAGUUCAGCUCCCUCAGGAGGUGCAAGUGGAGUACCAUGUGCAUGCUAGUUGAGCUGCACAACCAGGGACAGGACCGCUUUGUUUACACUUGCAACGAGUGCAAGCACCAUGUGGAGACACGCUGGCACUGCACUGUGUGUGAGGACUUUGAUCUUUGCAUCAAUUGUUAUAACACGAAGGGCCACGAACACCAGAUGGUGAAGUGGGGUCUUGGCCUGGAUGACGACAACAACAGCCAGAGUGGAGAGGCCUCCAAGAGUCCACAGGAGAGCCGGCGUCUAAGUAUCCAACGCUGCAUCCAGUCCCUGGUCCACGCUUGUCAGUGUCGCAAUGCCAACUGCUCUCUGCCAUCCUGCCAGAAGAUGAAGCGAGUGGUUCAACACACCAAGGGCUGCAAGCGCAAAACCAAUGGUGGCUGUCCUGUAUGCAAGCAGCUUAUUGCUUUAUGCUGUUACCAUGCAAAGCACUGUCAGGAGAACAAGUGUCCUGUCCCAUUCUGCCUGAACAUCAAGCACAAGCUUCGCCAGCAGCAGCUGCAGCACAGACUCCAGCAGGCCCAGCUGAUGAGGCGAAGAAUGGCCAUGACCAUGCAAGGCAGAACCAUGCCGCUACCAUCCCCGCCAGCCUCAGCUGCCCCCAGCACGCCCACUUCCCAUACCCAACCUAACACUCCCCAGACACCCCAGCAGCCACUUUCCAACCAACCACAGACGCCCAACUCAGCAGGUGUCAUGUCUCCCUCUUUUCCUAAUGCACCUCGCAAUGGCCAAACUCAAGCACCAGUUUCCCAGGGCAAACCUGGGCCCCAGGCCUCCCCUCUACACCAGCAGCAGUCCCCUCUCCCCCAGCCACCGCAGCUACACCUGCCGUUAUCACCAAAUUCCAGAAAUGCUAUUCCACAGGUCAUACCACCCGGCAUGGCCCCAGGACAGUGGCCUGGAGCUGCAGGACCUAUGCAAGCAGCUCAAACUCAACAACCGGGCCUUGUCCCAGGCCAGACCCCACAGCAGGCCAUGACCAUGCAGCGAGCCAUGAUGCCUCCUGGGCAGCAACCUCAGCAAGGCCAGAGGAUGCUAAUACCACAGCAGCCUGGUGCCCGGGCACAAACACCGCAAAGACCUGGUGCUAUAGCCCCCAAUGCCCUGCAGGACCUUCUCCGCACCCUCAAGUCUCCCAGCUCACCCCAGCAACAGCAGCAAGUCCUCAACAUCCUCAAAUCAAACCCUCAGCUAAUGGCUGCUUUCAUCAAACAGCGAACAGCCAAGUACCAUGCCAACCAGCCGCAGCAGCAGCAGCAAGCGGGUCAGCAGCAGCAGCCUGGCAUGGUAGCAAUGCAGGCCAUGGCCAUGCCAGGAGGGGCGGUACAGAGGCCAGGGAUACCCCCUCAGCAGCCCCAGCAGCCUCCUGCGCAGGGUAUGGCAGCAUUAGGGCCUCAAGGGCAAAUGAUGAAUGCAGCUCACAACACCAACCCCCAGAUCCAGGAGCUUUACCGUCGACAGGUGUUAAGACAGCAGCAGCAGCAGCAGCAACAACAACAACAACAACAACAACAGGGAAUGAUGGCUCAAGGCCACCCUGGCCAGUUCCCUGCUCAGGCACAGGGUACAGCAGCUACUUACUCCCAGCUCCACAUGCAACAGCAACAGAUAGCCACGCAGGCAGGCACAGGAGCAGCUGGUGGACCCAUGGGCCAGCUCCCGCCCUUGACUCAGAUGGCACAGCCCGGUAUGGGGAUGGACUCCACCCAGAACUUGCUCCAUCAGCGAAUGCUUCAGCAACAGCAGCAACCUCCCCAGCAGCAGCAGGCUGUCCUCAAGCAGUAGAUGGGCUCCCCUGCCCAGCCAAGCCCCAUGAGUC